GUCAGGGUGUCUCUCCGCACGAGCCCGCGUCCCGCGCCGCUCCGCGCCCCCGCGCCCACAGCCCCGGCGGCGGCACGACGAGCGGCGGCCCGGCGAGCGCGCCGCCCGGCCCGGCCCUCCAGGCUCGCUCCGCAGCCGCCUCUUCCUCGUGCCCGCAGCUGCCCGCGCGGCCUCCCGCACCAUGUCGGUGGCCGGGCUCAAGAAGCAAUUCCACAAAGCCACUCAGAAAGUGAGUGAGAAGGUUGGAGGAGCUGAAGGAACCAAGCUAGAUGAUGACUUCAAAGAGAUGGAGAGGAAAGUAGAUGUCACCAGCAGAGCUGUAAUGGAGAUAAUGACUAAAACAAUUGAAUACCUUCAACCCAAUCCAGCUUCCAGAGCUAAACUCAGCAUGAUCAACACCAUGUCCAAAAUCCGUGGCCAGGAGAAAGGGCCUGGCUACCCUCAGGCAGAAGCACUGCUCGCAGAGGCCAUGCUCAAGUUUGGAAGAGAGCUUGGAGAUGACUGCAACUUUGGCCCAGCACUUGGUGAUGUGGGAGAGGCCAUGCGGGAACUCUCAGAGGUGAAAGACUCUUUGGACAUGGAAGUAAAGCAGAACUUCAUUGACCCCCUUCAGAAUCUUCAUGACAAAGAUCUGAGGGAAAUUCAGCAUCAUCUAAAGAAGUUGGAGGGUCGACGCCUGGACUUUGAUUAUAAGAAGAAACGACAAGGCAAGAUUCCAGAUGAAGAACUUCGUCAAGCUCUGGAGAAAUUUGAUGAGUCUAAAGAAAUUGCUGAGUCAAGCAUGUUCAAUCUCUUGGAGAUGGAUAUUGAACAGGUGAGCCAGCUCUCUGCGCUCGUGCAGGCCCAGCUGGAGUACCACAAGCAGGCGGUCCAGAUCCUGCAGCAAGUCACCGUCAGACUGGAAGAAAGAAUAAGACAAGCGUCAUCUCAACCUAGAAGGGAAUAUCAGCCCAAACCACGAAUGAGCCUGGAGUUUCCAACUGGAGACAGUACCCAGCCCAAUGGGGGCCUCUCUCACACAGGUACCCCCAAACCUGCAGGUGCCCCAAUGGAUCAACCCUGCUGCCGAGCCCUGUACGACUUUGAGCCUGAAAAUGAAGGGGAGUUGGGUUUUAAAGAGGGUGAUAUCAUCACACUCACUAACCAAAUUGAUGAGAACUGGUACGAGGGGAUGCUUCAUGGCCAAUCAGGCUUCUUCCCCAUCAAUUAUGUGGAAAUUCUGGUUGCUCUACCCCAUUAGGAUGUUUUGCUGGCUGGCUCACCUCCUCUUGACCCGGAUAGUUAAGUUUAACCACUGCUUUGGUAAUGCUGCUUACAACACAUCCCAAGUGCAGGCCGCAGUGGUCCAAGUCAUCAAGCCCCACCGAGUAUCUUUGGUUGACUUGUGUGAUCCCACAGAGUCAUGGUGAUGGGUGGUAUCUUCUUAGUCUGGUGGGCAUGGCAUGUGCUUUUUAAAUACCAUCUGAGACCAGCCAGUAGUGCUGUUUACACAGUUCUCAGGAGACUGUGGGUUUUUAGACUAUGACCAUGAGCCACGUCACAGAUAAAACAUUCUACUGAAGAUAUUAUCUAUCACCCAGGGGCCAUGUCAAGGUCUCAGGUUCUCCAUUUAAAUAGGAGAAAGGUCUUGCUUUCACACCGUCCCCUCCCAAGUAUGUGAGUCACAGAAUUGUGAAGAAAGUCUCCCUCACCAGCAAAUUGUCUUCUGGUCUGAAUGAGUUAGUCCCUUGAUGCUAUCAGUAGAAAAGUGUUGAGUGUGGGUGCAAAGCCUUCUCUGAAAACAGUCACUGUUGUGCCCCCCACUUCUGCCUAUUUCUGAGGCACAGUUUUCUUCCCUCCCAGCUAUUAAAGUCACAGGGGGAACACUCAUUUUGUUUCUCAGUAAGAGAGUCAGCAAUCAGCAUAUUGUAGGAAGUGCUGAAAAGAGGAGAGUUUCCAUUAUGAGGAAUUGGGAAGAAAUCUGCUUUCCAAGCUUACAUUUCUUGCUGUACAGAAACAUGUAUUUAGGCCUUUUCCGAAGGUUACAGGGAAGGGGGAACAAAUAUCUUCACUUCAGUUUUGCUUGUGAAUUACAUGUUUCAUGACUCCAUUUGCCACAGAAACACAGGAGAAAGACACUAGAAACCAUUUCCUCACUAGUCCAUAGACCAAGAAACAGUAAAUCUUUCCUUUCUAUGUUCACCUUGUGUUCUUUGAACAUCAUUUGUGCAUAUUCUGCCCUCAAUGAGGACCAAAAAAAGAUGAAUUUUGUGCUUAGCAGUUUAAGAUGUGUGGCUGCAUAUGCAAAACUUUCCCAAUUCAGUCAUUUUUUAAGAAUUUCCAUUCCUUCUAUCUCAUCUUCAUUUUUUGUGUACAGUGCUGUGAGUAAGCUUAUGAGUAUUUCUUUCUUUUGGUAUCAGUCAUUAAAGUCCUGUUAGGUAUCCAGAGUUCUAUUUAUCUAGCUGUACAGAUUCUUUUAGAGGUUUAAUGUGCUGCUUCGGAUGUGCCACCUGCGAUAGUGGAUCAUGUGGAGUGAAAGGCAAAUCUUACUGCUUAAUAUAUAAACUCUUACACGGGAAGCAUUGCUGUUUCCAAUAAAUAUUGCUGAAGACAGAA